AUGGACAACGGGAAUAACCGACCGGCUCUCAACGGCCGAUCAAGCCUACCUACUUUUGUAGGCGGCAAGACACUCUCGGCCAAGAAGCAUCUCGAUAUCAGACGACAACCAUCCUUCGAGCGACAAUAUGACGACAACAUUCAGACCAACGGCGCUGCCCGCCGCCGCUCGGCUAUUCCGACCCCGAGUCCUGUCAUGUAUCCUUCCUCUACCAACAACCGCAACCCCUCACCAUCGUUCCGACGCUCGCAAAUCCCACGCCCCGGAUCUUCCGCGCAGCAAGAGAGACCCGACCAUGCCAACGUCAUGAGCAACGGGCAGUACAUGUCGCUGCACGAGGCCAUGCGUCGUAGCCCCUUGGACCACAGCGAAAGCGAGGAGUCGUCCGCCCGGGGCUCGCCUAGCCCGGCGCCCCGUGAACACCUCGACGGGAUCCGCUCGCGGGAGUUUAAAGGGCACUUCAGCAAGAUUCCCCUGAACCUUAACCGCAGGCCAAGCUCCAGGCAAUCUACUGGCAGCGGCCCCAUACGCGACGACGAAUCUCAGGUUUCGGGUGGGAGCAGUCCCGAUGGGCGACCUCCGUCCAGGCUACGCCAGCCCACGCAGUACAACACGGAUAGGGAUCGGAUAAGUCUCGGUGGUGGAGGCGGCUUGUUCUCCAAGGUCAGGGACGGCGAUGUUGCAAAGCCUGUGGGCGGGCUGAGUAGGGAUCUGUCGCGCAAGGCGAGCACCAACAGCCUGGAUGGCAAGAGGCUUGGAAGCUGGGGAGUCAAGGGCCAGCUGGAUCCGAACUUCAAGAGGAGGUUGAUGUCUCCAGACCCAAUAGACACUCCAGUCCACGAUGCGAAUGUACCCAUUCCAUCGAUAGAAACAGCACCAAUCAACCGUUCCCCUGAGAAGAGCUUUGCUUGGGGCGCGGAGGCGGAUUUUACGGCCGGCGACUUGCAAGUCUCCGACAGUCCUCCCGUCAAAGUCAUGCCAGACACACGACUCGGGCUCCAAAAUCUGAAGUCAUUCCAGCCAAUGGUUAGAAGCAAUACGAGGAUCGAUGAGAUCAGAAGACGCGAGAACGAGGCUAUGCUGGAGAAUUAUGGGCAUGACGAGCCGGAAUCUCCUCGAGAGGAUCAGGAGAUCAGGGCCAAGGAAGUGGAACCUGUCACUGCGAAACCUCUGAUCCACAGAACGAACCACAAGCUAGAGGAAAUACGCAUCAAAGAGAUGGUGUCGCUAUCAAAGAAGAGCUUGGCUAAGGAAAGGCUCGACGACAUCAGGAGGCGCAACUCGACCUCACGCUCACUUUCUCCCGAGGCGUAUGCCAAGUCGAACUUUGAAACCGACGAGGAGGUUCCAGAGCAGCCCAAGCACGCGGAGGUCAUACGAGACGAUGAAGGCGAGGCUAUUCCAGAUACGCCAGUCGUUGUAUAUCGAAGUGAUCGUCGUAAGAGCAUAGGUCGUGGCAAGGUUGCGGAUGUCGAUGCCCAGGAGAAGGAAAGGGACAUUCUUCAGCCAAAACCAACAUCACAUUACCGGAAAGACUCCCAUGACCUUCUUAAAAGGCUGGCUCGUGCAGCCAGCGCCAGCCCCUCACAGGAGAAACAAGCUGAGCCGCUGGAUGAUAUCAAACAGGGGGAGAACAAAGACAAGGAGCCCCACAGAAAUAUCGACAAUCAACAAGAAAACACGAUGUCUACUUCAGCUAAAAACCACAAAUCCUCUUCAAAUACCCGCAAGGAAACCGGUGAUCUGGCACGACACUCUGGAUCUGCAUUCGACGACGAUAAGGACUCUGCCGAAAUGGAACCGCCAAACAAGCUAGCAUCAGGUGCAUCUUCAAAACGGUCCAGCGCCACAUUUGACCCGACCGACCGCAUCGCCUCGGAGAAACAACUGUUCGAACCUAGAGAGGACGGCCAGUCUGAACCGGAACGAGGCGCAUCAGCCGCUUCCUCGGAGCUCGAUACUGUCAACGAUGUUGAGGACACGCCCCGGGCGAAGCGGCCAGACCCUCAAUCGAUGCCGACGCCCAAGCCACCCGGAGGGUACGUUGAGACGCCAGCCACUGUCAAAGUCAAGGAUUUCGGGGUCAAUGAUCGGUCUCAGGGGCCGGUUGUUGAAGGCGCCUCUGUGUUCAAGCGGCCGCGGUCGUUGAUAGAGAUCAAGGCCAGGAGCGAUGGUAACAACGCACCCAUCGGGUUCUCGAGCUCUGUCUCUACGGGCAGCAGCGCUAGCAGCCGCAGCAGACGGCGCUCCAAGUCGCUGCCCCGGGCGCUUUCGCCGCUGAAAAACCCGGUCAAGCUCCCCAGUGCGAGUGAAGAUCUCGAACAGAUCAAGAAGAAGUGGCGCACGGAUGACGAUACAAUAGAGAUAGACUUUGACACCAUCGAAGACUUGGAUGAGCUGAUGAAAGACCUGAGAGAUUCGAACGAAGAAGCAAUGGCGGAGAAGACAGAAGGGGAAGAAAAACAGGACAAGGAUAAACAUUUGGCUGUAACGCGGAAGGCCAAUGUCGAAGGCAAAGAAGACCUUGACAUUCUUGGCAGGGGUGUUCACAGGGCUCUGCGCGAGGUGCAAGACUCCAAAAAGGGCAUCGAGCGGCUCCUCAAGGCUGCCGAAGCCAACCCGGGAGACACGACCGCCCAACAAGCCAUUCUGGACCGACUGAAUGCCCUCGAGCAGUCGCAAAACAAGUCAGGCUCGUCACCGACAUCAGCGACAAAAUCGGGCAAGGGUGGCGACCCUGUCGUUCGAGGCGUCAAGGCUACAUCGCGAUACAUAGCAUCCUGGUUCUGGCGCGGCGGCAGCCCCUCGUGGCUCGGCAACCUUCUCAUCCUCGUCCUCGCCUGGGCAUGCCUGGAAACGGCGACAUGCAGCGCCUACUGCCGGCCCACGUCGUGCUCCCCAGGCCAGGACUGCUCGUGGACGCCCUCGGACCCGUUCCCGGGCUACGCGCUGCCCGUAAAGGUGGACCAGUGGGCGACGGGCGGCCGCGGUCGGGUCCUCUUUGAACGCCUCACGGAGGAGAUUGGCGACCUGGUUGACGACGCCAAGGACGUGGUCUUGGACCUGGCCUUUGGCGGCGGAUCCGGCGGCGGCGGCAUCCGCAAGAAGGACGAGCGCCUCAUGACGUGGGAGGAGCGACGGAGGUACCGCAGGAGGCUGGCGCGGCGCGGGCUCAUCAAGAAGUGGUCGCCGCCGCCCGAGUACGCGGACCGGUUCGAGGCCUGGGGCGCCGCGAGGAAGCAGCGCGAGUAUGCCGCCAACAUGCGGGAGAUGGGGUACGAUAGGGGCGACGGCCUGGGAGGGGAGAGCAUGGAUGAUGACGAGAGGGUGUUUUAA